AUGCUGCUCCUCCCACACAUGGCAUAUUAUCGCAGAUAGGAGAGAUUUCUGUGGAGACUGCAAUGCAGCACUAAAGUCAAUAGACUAGUAGUGGACCUCUCCUCUCUCUCUGCUCUUGAGCUAUAUGGAGGUCAGUAGCGAGUCCCAGCAGGGCGGUGCGAGCCCGUGCAGUAUUGGAGGUCUAGAGGGAAUAGCAGAGUUGCUGCGAUGCUACAUCUGCAUGGAAGGUCUCAAGGACACCACACUCUGUCCUCACUGCUGUAAACUGGUUUGCUUUAAUUGCGUUACAAAAUGGAUCAAUGAGAAUCGUGCAGACUGUCCACACUGCAGAAUGGCUCUGACAGUGCGGGAGCUGGUGAAAAUGCCUUUAUUUGAUACCCUUGUCACUGUGGUUGAAGAUCUUCGCUCCAAGCAAGACGAUGUGAGUCGGUUGCCUAGCAAUGAGGCUCAGAUAUGCCCCACCCACUCGCGUGCUCUGAGUGUGUAUUGUGAGACGUGUCGUACUGCCAUCUGUUACGAGUGUGCUCUGUUCAGUGGACAACAUAAAGAGCACUCAUUUCAGCCAUUGGACAAACUACACAAAAAGCACAAACUAGCAGUAGAGAAUGAGCUGCAUAAGUUGAGGGACCGCAUGAGAGACAUACUGAGCUUUGUGUUGCAAGUGGAGAAGAGAGUAGAUGGUGUUAGAAUGAGCAAGUCUAAGACAAAGAGAGAGAUUCAACAGCUAGUGGAGAAGAUGUAUACUAAAGUGGACGGUCGCACCAAAGAUAAGCUGAUCAGACUGGAAGAGUGUCGCCACUUUCUUCGCUCACAAGCCCUCAAAGUAAUGAAAGCAGCACAUGAUUUGGAGAAGAAGAUAGCGAGUGGUUCUUAUUGGUCCCUUAUGAACCAAGAGGGAGGACUCAAGAAGGAGGUACGAGAAUCACUGGACAAACUCUACAAUCAUCCUCUCAAAAUGGAGGCUCUCUCUGAACCUCGGGAGCUAACAAAUGAGUUGGUGCCUAACUAUACAACAGGACUGUUCAAGAUCCAGCCAUUCAAAGAGCUUCAGAGGAAGGGAGAAGAGGUCUAUAGUGAGAACCUGAGGAUGGAUGGACUCACUUGGAGACUGAAAGUGUAUCCAAAUGGUCACCAUGAAGAUGUUGGCCGCUAUCUGGCAGUGUUUAUGGAGCUGAGUGAAGGCUAUGAGAAGGUGACUAGCUACCAGUACUGCAUUGAGAUGCUUUAUAGCUGCACUGACAAGCACCCACAGAGGAACUACAGCAGGGACUAUGUGUCAGACUUUGGGGAUGGUGAAUGUUGGGGAUACAAGAAAUACUACCAACUCUCCAAGCUUUCUUCAGAAGGGUUCCUGAAAGGUGAUGCUCUCUUACUCCGGUUCAGUGUGCGCCAUGUCACCUAUCACGACAAAUGUGCUGACUUGGCAAUCUAUACCAACACUGUGCGUCAAGAGCGCAACACUCUCAAGGAGCAGCUCAAAGAGUCUCAAAGUCAACUAUCCUCUCUCAAAGCUGAGAACAAGAAGCUGGCCUCCUCUGUUCGCCCACGCUCGAGCCCCUCUACUACUCGAAGAGCUGAUACUAAACCAGCUACUCGACGGAUCUCUCCACGCUCGUCUUCACGUCAUCACCUGGCCGCCCCCUCAUUCCAUCACCACUCACACUCACACGAGAGCACACGCUAUCAACUGUCCACCUCACAACAAGCACUCCAUCAGAGCAGUCCCAAGAGAUCCUCCUACCUACCAAGUGAUGACACACCUCCACGACACAUGUUGGUUAGUCGAAGAAGAUCACAUGACAUUGGUCUCAAUCAGCGCUCCAUAAUUGAGCAUCGUAGGCGUUCUGCAGACCCUGCUGUGACCUAUGAUCCCGACGGUGACCCUGAUCACUACCACUACCCAGCUGCACGGGCCUACUAUAGUCAAGCAGAGCGUCCAUUGUUUGAGGAUAGUAACAGCGAUCACGGUGGAUCUCAAAGUCUAGUCACUGAAGAUAUGACAGACGAGAUAGCUCCCAAUGCUUCUACUAUCACCGUCAAGCUAUCACAAGCAGACUUCAAUGAAUACAAUCAUCCUGACAUCACCAUUGAUGCACCACCUCCUAUGGAGUACCUGUCCCAGCCAUCCAGUCCUCCCAAGAGUCGUGUGGGGAAGUCCCUCACUGACAUUCCUACUCUCUCCCACUCUCAACAAUACCUCUCCCAAUCAGGGCAGGAGUUCCCCCAUUACCCCAGUCAAUGGGAGGGAGGCUACUACACUGUGCAUGACAGACCAGAUGCAAGGUGGUUCCAUGAUGGACGAUUCAGGAGACCAGUGGCUAAACCAAAUAUUCCAACCUCUCAAGGACAGAUACGUCGAAUGCGUAGUGACCCUCAUCUCAGUAGUGAGCCAUUAGCCGUCAAAAGCAGCGCUCUCAAGCAAGUAGCAGAGGAAGAGGAGGAGGGAAGAGAGAGCCAGCGUAAGGUCAAAGGUCAACAGCUCGGCAAGAAGCAUCUCCAAGCUACAGUAGUGACUAGCGGCCCUAAAGCUGAAAGUGUGAGACCUGCAGAGAGUAAGAGUGGACUAGGGAGUUGUGUCACUACAGGGAAGAGUAGUAGCACCUCCUCUCUCAAUCUCAGCCAGAUACUCUGAGCCCACAUAAUUAAUUAAUUAAUACGUGUUAUAGCGUGUAUUAUUUUAUAUACAGUCAUUUUUUAUCCCAAACCAAUUUUUAUCCCCUAAUUGACUUAACUUUUACUCUAUAUAAUUUUUAUUUGCUGCUCAAACUCACUUAUUAGAGUUAUUUUGUAGA